AUGAACCUCUGGGUCGCUGGAACGCCUAUCAACGAUUACCACCACAAGCAGGUUGGCAUCAUUGCCAAAGUCAACCCCGAUGUCAUUGCGCUGCAGGAGACUUCUCGUAUUGCUGGCCAGCGCCUAGCAAAGACUUUUGGUUACGGACUUAGCUGGGUCAGUGAUACAGCCGUUCUCAGCCGUUACCCUCUGACGCCGCUAAAUGGCACUAGCUGGGCUUCUGCUGCUCUCGUCUCAUUUGACGGUGAUGCCAACCAGGGCAUCUUCUGGAGCGCCUAUUUGGGAUAUGAUCCCUACGGCCCUUACGACUUUUGCCGCUCGCACAUGAGCCAGAGUCAGGUUUUCCAGCGGGAAGAGCAGUCUGGCCGUACUCCUCAGAUCCGUGAUAUCGUCAACGCCAUGAAGCCUCAAAUCAGCAAUGCUGAGGCCAUUCCUGUCUUCCUGGCCGGCGACUUCAACGCCUCUUCCCACCUCGACUGGACUGAUGCCGCUAGAAACUUGCACUGUGGCGUCGGUUACACUCCUUGGCCCACGUCCAAGAUCCCCGUAGAUGCUGGCCUCAUUGACUCGUUCCGCCAUCUGCACCCAUCUCCUGUGGCGUACCCUGCCAACACUUGGUCCCCCAUCCAUCCCGAUGCGCCCCAGGAUCGUCUGGAUUUUAUUUAUUACGCUGGUGGCGUCACACCCGUCGUAUCGGACCCUUAUCUUGUUGGGAACAACAAUCCUGGCUCGCCUAACAACGAGUGGCCCUCCACCACGCUGCGUUUAUCAGUGACUUUACACUAAAGAACUAGAACGCUAUUGGAGGCAUAGCAGGACGAGCAA